AUGCCACUGUGCGGAGGUGUUGGUGAUGCAAGAACGCCUACGCCAGAGGAGAAGCAAAAGCUAGAAAGUGUGCUUCACCAAUCGUUACACACACAUCUUGGCUCGAAACCAGAUAGUUUGGAAGUUGUUCAGGUGGCUACCCAAGUCGUAUCGGGGACGAAUUACUUUGCCAAGGUUAAGUUGAAUGGCGACAACUACGUUCACGCACGUAUCUACGAGAAACUACCCUGUCAUGGAGGCACCACCGAACUGCACUCGAUUCAGAAGGAUAAAACACACGCGGACCCGUUGGGCUAUUUUUGA